AACGAAAUCAAAUAACAAGUGAAAGGAAUAAAUGAAAGAGAAUACACUAAGUGACUACUAAGUAGUUUUAAAAGUUUAAGUAGUCUUUUAUGUUGGUGCCACAUAUUAUUAGAUUAUGUUGAUUGGAUCUGCUAUUGGAAGUGAGUUGUUAACCUUACCAUCAUCUCGUUGGACGAUGGAUCCACCGCGUUCAAAUCCUACUACUGGAAUAACUCAAACUUCAUUACCAUUAUCACCGGUGGGAAUGACACCAAAUCUUAAUGUUAACGUACCUGGUUCCUCUCCUUCUGCUCCUGCAGCUGCACCACUCUUUGCGGGAGCACCUAACGCCAACACAUUAGGUGCACUAGUAUCACAGCAUAGACUAUUAGAGUUAUCAAGAUUUGGAUUAAGAGGCUAUGAUUUGGCUCAACACAUGCUUACACAACAAGGAGCUGUUUCAAAACUUUUAGGGACCUUACGACCACCAGGUUUAAUUGGAGGAUCGAAACCUAAAGUCGCAACGCCAGCUGUUGUAUCAAAAAUUGAACAGUACAAACGAGAAAAUCCAACUAUUUUUGCAUGGGAAAUUCGAGAGCGAUUAAUAUCUGAAGGCGUUUGCACAAAUGCUACGGCACCAUCAGUAUCCUCAAUCAAUCGAAUACUAAGAAAUCGAGCUGCAGAAAGGGCGGCUGCAGAGUUUGCCCGUGCUGCAGGUUACGGUCUUUAUCCACCACAUCCUUAUUCGGGUUUUCCUUGGCCUGCUCCUACACAUAUGUGGCCAAGUGGGCAUGGAAUGCCGAAUAUGACCCCACCAGGAUCAGCAACUACCCCUGUUACUCUAGGAUCACCAAAUUCAGGAUCCCAUGAUACAUUGGGUUCUCCCGAUGGUAAUCGACUUAUAGAUAUUGAAGGUGAGGACUCAUCGAGUCUUGAUGGUGAUCAACCGAAAUUUCGCAGAAACAGAACAACAUUUAGCCCUGAACAGUUAGAAGAAUUAGAAAAAGAGUUUGAUAAGUCGCACUAUCCUUGCGUUAGUACGAGAGAACGGUUAGCAUCACGAACACAACUCAGUGAAGCAAGAGUUCAGGUAUGGUUUUCUAACAGGAGGGCCAAAUGGCGUCGGCAUCAACGAAUGAAUUUACUGAAGCGAGGUUCAUCUCCAAACCAACGACACAGCAACACCAGUUCGACCUCAAAUCAAACCGCUUUCAUCCCUGGCUCACCGCAAAAUAUACCAAACCAAAUAUCACCUCAACAGCACAAUCCUCAAAAUCAUCAAGUAACGAGUCAAAACCUUCAUCAGACGAACAAUUCAACACCAACGAUCGUAUCAUCAGCCACAGCAUCAAUUCCAUUAUUAAUGGGCGGUGAACAUUCAGCAUUUCGAGCUUUGAAUCCGUCUACUGCUGCACUACUAGCAGCUUCAGCCCAAUUAGGUUUAGCGAGAUCAUAUGCCGCAUCUCUUGCACAAAGCAAUAAUGUUGCAUCAUCAACGUCAACAAAUCGUUCACCUUCAAUGAGUCCCAAUCCAAGUCUAUCUGAUGAAGAAAUUAAUGUUCAUGAUGACGAAUCUGAAACUGAAGUUCCGAACCAUUCUUUGAAGAAUUAUAAGACGAUAUCAGAAUUAUCAAAAAAUGAUUGCAAUUAA